ACCGAAGAAGUAGAAGAACGGGAGGAAGCGCAGGACUUGUUCCGAAAAAAGACUGGCUUUGGUCUCUUGUUGUUCAAUAAUGAGACCAUUCUUUGCAACUCCACCACUGACUGGAACGGGACAGACUGGAACUCCACGGACCUUCUUUGUAACACGACAAGUAUUUUGAAUGAAACCGACCUCCUCUGGAAUGAAACCGAUUUCGUAGUAGAAGAGCAGAACAACGACUAUAUUUUCGGUGGCGACGAAUCACUUGUGGAUGAAACACUGGACUUGGAGGUGGAACUAGAGGUGGUCCGCGCGGUGACAUUUCAAGCCACUUCCACCAAUACCGCAGUGGAAACUCCCGGACCAACUCCAGCACCCACCAACACAGAGACGCCGACAACACUGGCACCCACAACAAAAGUGGGAUCACCCACAGCUAGCCCAACCACCACUGCUCCAACGACGGCAAUGCCUACAAUCCCGGAAAUCCCCGUCAUGUUCCCGGCCAUUGUGGAAGAGACUACUGUCGAGGAGGAAAUCGUAGAAGCUACAGUGGAAGUGGAGGAAAGCAAUGGGACUCUGGUGGCUGUGUUUGUGGCGGAUGAGCUCGCCAUUAUCGAAGACUGUCUCGAAACUCCCAUCAACAGCAAUGCGGCGUCAUCAUCACGGUCCGACAUGCUGUGUGAAGUGAUCAAAAACACGACGAGUGCAGUUGGCGCUGCCGAGGCUGUUGUUGACUGUGUUGGUAACCUGUUGUCGGAGGAGUGUCAGGAGAUCGUUCCAAAAGUGGUCGAGGCAACAAGCAAAGCUGUAGAAGAAUCUGCGUUGAUAGGAGGGCCCAGUGUCGCCCCAAGUACCAGUCCCACCUGGGUCCCUCCCCCCACUCGGCCGCUUGUCGCUGCGGGUUUGAUGGACACUGGCAGCCCAAGUAAAUCGCCUUCAAAAGCUCCAUCGUCAAAUCCAUCAGCAAACCCGUCGACUACACCCAGCUCAAAUCCAUCUCCUGCGCCUAAAGACAACGACGCUGGUCCAUCGCCCGCCAAGGCACCCCAAACCCAAACCAAUCCUAUUGGAGCAGAGCCCACGACUAUUUCUCCUACAACUACUUCUCCUUCAAAGUCGCCAACCGCCGCACCAAGUGCGAAUCCAACGAGUGAGACACGGUCCCAGACACUUACACCAACGUCAGUGCAAGCCUCAAAGAGCCCAACUAGAGUGCCUCUGUCUCCAUCUCCAACUGCUUCUCCAUCACAAAGUCCUUCUGGUACACCAUCGAGUUCCCCCACUCGCGAGCCCACACCAGAGCCAACGUUGACACCUUCGGCUUUCCCAUCAGAUCUGCCAACAGAGAAUCCAACAAGAAACCCUACAGUAACUCCGGGUAAUCCAACACGUAGCCCCACGGAACAACCGUCUAGCGGGCCUUCUAAAACUUUUUCUCCCUCAACUUCACCGUCGGUUCUCACACCAAGCCCCAGUAUUCAACCAACCACUGAAACCCCAACAAUCACGCCAACGCAGCCCCCCACAGAAUCGUCAGGGUCUCCUACUGGUUCUCCAACUCAAGGUCCAACUGAGGCACCCCAAGCAUCUCCAACCAAUGAUCCGUCGGUGUCACCCACUGACACACCAACUGCUCCGCCAACUGAAACGCAAACAGAUCCUCCAACUGAAACGCCAACAGAUGCCCCAACAGUAACGCCUGGGUUUCCCACUGGUUCUCCAAGUCAAGGUCCAACUGCAACACCCCAGGCUUCUCCGUCCAGUGUUCCGUCAGCUUACCCUACUGAUCCUCCCACACUUGAUCCUACCUCCCAGCCAACUGCAGCACAAACGGAUGCUCCAACCGCAGAACCAACGAAUGCUCCCACCGUAACUCAAACGGGUGCGCCCACAGUGACUGUCACUCAAACGGGUGCCCCCACAGUAACUCAAACAGAUGCCCCAACAGCAACUCAAACAGAUGUUCCCACUGUAACUCAAACCGAUGCCCCAACAGCAACUCAAACCGAUGCUCCAACUGUAACGCCAGGAUUUCCAACUCCAUCCCCUACGCCGAGCCCAACAAGAACCCCUGAUGCUUCUCCCUCCAGCAUUCCAUCCAUUCUGCCCAGUCUUGAUCCUAGCAGUCAAACAACUACAAGUCCAAGUGAAACUCCAACAGCAACCCCGCCAAUUGAUGCAAGUGCAGGGCCCUCAAGUUUCCCAUCAGUGUCUGUGUUACCAUCAAAGCAGCCGUCGCAGGGCCCUUCUGGUCUAUCACCUGCAGCAUUGCCUUCUGUUGCGCCCAGCGGCAGUCCAUCUUUCUCAAGUCCUGAUUUACCGUCAGGGCAGCCUUCUCAAGACCCUAUCGGUUUUUCGCCUACAGAAUCGCCCUCCGGUGCUCCGACGGUGACCCCCGCAGCCUCUGCUUUACCAACUUCUGUUUCAGCGCCAACAGCUGUUCUCUCUUCCAAUCCUUCGUUUGUGCCAACAGGAGUCCCUUUGACCUCUGAGGCUCCCUCAGCAGCACCAUCAUCCGUUCCAUCUCGUAUUUCCACAAUUUCAAUGCCUCCAUCUGACUCGCCAACUUCUACCACAGCAAUGGUGCCCUCUGGAGCUCCAUCAAGGUCUCCAAGCAUGGUUCCAUCCAAUUCAAUGGCUCCAUCCAGUGUGCAAACAAUUUUGCCCACGCCACAGCCAAGCCCAGAGCCUACUUUACCCCCUUCUGCAGUCCCAUCAGGAUCUCAGUCUCCAUCUAUGGUUCCGUCGAUGGUCCCCUCAACCCGUCUCUCCAAUCUACCUUCACUGUUUCCUUCUGUAGCCCCAUCAGCAUCACAAGUUCCAUCUGUCAAACCAUCAACUGUCCCCUCUACUACUCCCUCCAUUGCGCCCUCAAUUUAUCCCUCUAACACUCCCAGUUCGUCUCCUGUGCUGUCACCAUCAAAAAUGCCCUCUUUGCAUCCAUCCAGUACACCAUCAAGUGUUCCUUCUGGAUCAAGCUAUCCAUCGGGCAGACCAACUAAUGCUCCAUCUGAUGCCCCCUCCCUUGUUCCUACAAGUGUGCCCAGUAGACCUCCAACUGGAGUUCCAUCGAUUGCACCCUCAGUGUCUCCUUCAGUUGGCCCGUCCGGCUCACCAUCAGCAAUGGCUACCUCAGUUUCCCCUUCAGCAGGUCCCUCGGCUUUGCCUCCAAGCUCAAACUAUCCCUCUUUGGUGCCAUCAGGGGGUUCCUCGGGAUCUCCAUCAUCGACGGUCAACUCAGUAUCUCCUUCAGCUGGUCCCUCAGCUCUACCGCCGAGCUCUACCUAUCCCUCUGCAGUGCCAUCAACUUCCCCCACACCAAAGCCAAGCCCAGCUCCCACACGUGUCCCAUCACACACGCCUUCAAGUGUACCCACAUCAAGUCCAUCACAAGCUCCCACGAAAGUGCCAACCAGGAAGCCCACACAAGCGCCCACAAUGUCUCCAUCUUUGUCAGUGUCUCCAUCCCAAGAACCCUCGAGUCUCCCAUCCAAAAGUCCUACUGUAAGCCCCACAAGUGGACCGACGGCACAACCUUCUGUCAUCCCCACCAGAAGACCCAGUGGAAGUCCAUCAGGCGUCCCCACCACGUCACCCUCGAAAUCCCCUACUGGUGUCCCAUCAGUUUCCCCAUCCUUUGGUCCCACUUCAAGUCCUUCUGAUGCGCCCACAAGAAAACCGUCCGAGAUGCCUUCAAGCAGCCCGAGUAUUUCUCCUUCGUUAUCCGCUUUGCCUUCUCCCGCACCGUCACGUGCUCCGUCAGGGAACCCAACCACUUCCCCAUCAUCUGGCCCCACACUAAGGCCUUCAGCCCAGCCUUCUCUCAAUCCAACGAAGUCUCCAAGCAAGAAUCCAACAUCUACCCCUUCAGCUUCACCAUCGUCAGUGCCCACUAAACGGCCAACUGCCAAUCCAUCAACUGCUCCGUCCCUAUCCACGUUUCCCUCUAUUGGUCCCUCCAGUGCACCAUCAACAGUGCCAUCAACUGCUCCCUCCUUGAAUCCCAGCCAUGAACCCUCGGUGAGCCCAACGAAUGCUCCAAGCCAGCAACCUUCAGGCAGCCCAACGAAUUUGCCCAGCCGGCCGCCUACCAAUGGCCCCACCAGCGCUCCAAGCCAACAACCGACAAACAAUCCAACCACUUCCCCCACUCAACAGCCGACAAUCAGUCCGACGACGCAACCGAGCCAACAGCCCACUGGCGAACCUAGCAAUGUGCCGAGUCGACGUCCAACGGAUAGCCCCACGAGGUCUCCCACCAAGCAACCAACAGAUGAUCCUACCAAUUCCCCUAGUCGCCAGCCGACAGACACCCCAAGCAGCCUUCCCAGUCUACAGCCUACCACCAGUCCAAGCCAUAAUCCCACUCGACCACCCACCGACAGUCCAACCAAUAGUCCCACUCGUGAGCCUUCAGGGAGCCCCACACUUUCUCCCAGCAAGCAACCCACAUUCAAUCCCACAGGAACCCCCACAACAUCACCUUCACGGACUUCAACAGGUGCACCAACCAAAAGCCCCACACCAGCCCCAUCAGGAACUCGACGGCGUGGAUUACGAGCCGAUCAGCCAAAGCAAGUGCCAGAGGCAACCAAAACUCUUCGACAAUGGCUAUCAGGAUUAUUGUUUUGGUUGAAAAGCUUGGUUUCCAUGUACUAA